UGUGGGGGUGGUUAUCUGAGAAACUGUUGCUGAAGCAUGAAGCAAUGAAAAAUGGAGGUGGAGAGGCUAUCUGAAGCACAAUUUGGGUUUGCCUUACAACAGCAAUAGCAUGGAUUAGUUGUACAGCCAAGAACUUUAGGGAAAAAAUGUCGGAUGAAGAAGAAUUUGAGGAGAUUGAACGAAUUGUGCUUGGAUUAGACGAGCCUGAUUUUGAUCUUUACGACCGUGUUGCGUGCUUAGAUAUGGUAAAAGCACAUCAACUUGAAAGAAAACGACGACAGUUUCACAGUAUGGGAAAUCUUCGUGAAGGAGGUGGAGGAACAACAGUGACAGGAGAAAUGGCUCCAACUUUUGACGAUAGCGGUGCUGGUAGUGAACAACAAUCUUCAAUUACUGCUGCUAUUUCUCCUGGACCUACAAGACAAUCACCAGCAGCUAAAAAUACAAAUUCUGUUGAAAAUUUGUUGGAACGCAGUGGGGGUGUUCGAAAUAAUUUUUCUGAAGGGAAAGAAUUGGCUACAACAACUCCUCUGGGUGUAGAUACACAACGAGCAGUUCCUUCUUCGACAAUUAAAACGAGUCCACUAUUGCGUUUUGCUGAUAAAACGGAGGAACAAAACAUUCCACGUCAAAAAAGAGGUGUAGAGGAACAAACGGCAUUAGAAGGAAUUGGAGCAAGUGGAGGUAUGGUGGAUCCAAAAAUUCGUCAUGUUUGGUCUGAAGCUGUUGAUUUGAGUGAAAUAAGGAAUGUUGAAGAUCAAACAGAAUUUCGUUCUUUACGUGCUCAACUUGGAAUUGAUAAAAUCUCCGCGGAAACACUUUCUCAGUAUCAUGUAAGAGGACAUAUGGAUGCUUUUGAUCAACCAGCAAUUUGUUAUCCACGUUAUAGAGGUCCUUCAACUCGUAAUAGAAUUCCUAAUGGCUUAAAAGUAAUUCGAAGAGUUUCUGGUGGUAAAUUAACUAAAGAAAAUUAUCCCGAUGAAAGUUCAGAGUUUGUUUUUAUUGGUUUUUUAAAAGAAUAUUUUUUAAGGAAAGUUCGUUUUACUGGAAUGUUUGGACUUCAAAUGGUUACACAAUUUGAUAAUAGAAUUGUUUUAUGCACAAAUGAACGUGAUGCUUUGGCAGUAUAUGACGCUUCAAAUGGCAUUCCAGCACUUUCAUUGCCAUUAGGGGAACGUUUUGAUUCUACAGUCAUUCCAUAUUUGGAAGAUUUUGAUUUGAUUUAUAUUUGGUUUCCUCACAUUCAUGAACGUUUUGCCAAAAGUUAUGCUUCUUAUUUAAACGCCGCUCGUUGUUACAUUAUUACGUUUGGCAUCUCUUCGCCCAGUUGA